ACCGUACAAUGGCAGCAGUUCUCAUCUCAACGGCAUCUUUAGCUGUUCUCUCCCUUAUAGGUGAAAGACCGUCUCUACCGGAGCUGGUCUCCUGGCUGGACAUGGAAACACUGCUCCUGCUGUUCAGCAUGAUGAUCCUCGUCGCUAUCAUGGCUGAAACUGGGAUGUUUGACUUUCUAGCUGUUUUCACUUUUGAGGUCACCAAAGGUAAAUUGUGGCCACUGAUCACACUCCUGUGUGCUAUCACGGCGCUACUGUCGACGUUUCUAGAUAAUGUUACUACUGUCCUCUUGAUGACACCAGUCACAAUCAGACUAUGUGAAGUAAUGGAUAUGGAUCCUGUGCCAAUACUGAUGUCGAUGGUACUCUUCAGCAACAUUGGGGGUACUGCGACCCCUGUCGGCGAUCCCCCUAAUGUCAUAAUCGCUUCGAACAAAGCCGUUGUAGCAGCGGGUAUAAAUUUCACGAACUUCACAAUGCACAUGACGUUGGGUAUACUUCUAGUUUGCGUACAGACGUACUUCCAACUCCGGUUUAUAUAUAGAGAUACGAGUAAGCUACGCCUCAACGUGCCCAGGGAUAUUCAAGAUCUCAGACACCAAAUAUCGAUAUGGCGUCGCGCGAUCGAGUCCCUUCCGCAACUGAGUAAAGAUCAGCAGAUCGUCAGAGAGAGGCUUGAGAGGAAGAUGAACAAACUGACGAUACAGUUGAACACGAUGGUCAAGGAGAGUUCGAAAAGGGUCUGCCCGAAGGAAACUUUUCAGACUACCCUCAGUCAACUGAAACAGAAGUACAAGAUUCGCGACAAAAUACUGCUCCUCAAGUCGACAAUAGCAAUCAGUUUCGUCGUUGCGGUGUUCUUUCUGCAUUCGAUACCUGAACUAAAUCGCGUAUCUCUCGGCUGGACGGCUCUCCUGGGCGCCAUCCUGCUGCUGACGCUGGCGGACCGCGAGGACCUGGAGCCCAUCCUGCACCGAGUGGAGUGGUCCACGCUGCUGUUCUUCGCGGCGCUAUUCGUACUCAUGGAAGCUCUAUCAACACUAGGCCUAAUAAAGUUCAUAGGAGGACUAACAGAGUCUUUGAUACUCAAAGUCGACGAAAACGGAAGACUGGCUGUUGCUAUACUUCUUUUAUUAUGGGUGUCCGGUAUAACGUCAGCAUUCGUGGACAACAUUCCGCUCACUACCAUGAUGGUUCGUAUCGUGAUCGCGCUCGGCUCCAACCCCACACUGAAUCUGCCCAUCACACCACUCAUAUGGGCUCUGUCGUUCGGCGCUUGUUUGGGAGGUAACGGAACUUUGAUCGGCGCAAGCGCGAAUGUCGUAUGCGCAGGAGUCGCUGAACAGCACGGCUACAGGUUCACCUUUAUGCAAUUCUUUAAAAUCGGAUUUCCGGUUAUGAUAGGCCAUCUUAUCGUCGCUUCCGGCUAUUUACUUAUCUGCCACUGUGUCUUCACCUGGCAUUGAACAUACUACCCAUGAUAUCUUACUAGAAUUAGAAAGUCGGUAAGACGACUUGUAUAUAUAUAUAUAUAUAUAUAUAUAUAUAUAUAUAUAUAUAUAUA